AUGAAGCUGAACCUAGCAAAGUGCACAUUCGGAGUCUCUUCAGGCGAGUUCCUUGGCUACAUAGUCACGCAGCAAGGAAUCGAGGCGAACCCGAAGCAAAUAUCUGCGGUCCUGAACCUCCCAAGUCCGAAGAACAGUAGAGAAGUGCAACGGCUCACGGGCAGGAUAGCUGCUCUAAAUCAUUUCAUCUCCAGAUCCACCGACAAGUGCAUCCCCUUUUACGAUCUCUUGCGAGGAAACAAGAAGUUCAUUUGGGAUGAGAAGUGCAAGGAUGCAUUUACUCAACUCAAGCAAUACCUGACAACACCUCCAGUACUCGCUAAGCCGGAUGUCGGUGAUGUUCUAUCUCUCUAUAUUGCGGUGUCACAAGCUGCAGUCAGCAGCGUUCUGAUAAAGGAAGAAUGCGACGAACAAAAGCCCAUCUUCUACACGAGCAGACGCAUGACAGGACCAGAGAGCCGAUACCCGACUCUGGAAAAGAUGGCUUUAGCAGUUGUCGAGGCAGCAAGAAAGCUUCGACCAUAUUUCCAGUCACAUUCAGUGGAGGUACUGACUGAUCAACCUCUCCGAACGAUACUCCAAAACACCAACAGAUCUGGCAGACUCACGAAGUGGGCCAUCGAACUCGGCGAGCUCGAUAUUACCUACAAGAACCGCACAGCGGCGAAGUCCCAAGUCCUUGCGGACUUCCUGGUCGAGUUGGCCCCAGAAUUGGAACAAGAUCUUAUACUUCCAAGCUCAAACUGGACGCUGCACGUCGAUGGAUCAUCGACCAACAAGGGAGCAGGUUCCGGAGUCCAACUACAGUCCCCGACCGGAGAGCUAAUCAGGCAGUCUUUCAGCUUUGGCUUUCCCGCGUCAAACAACGAAGCAGAGUACGAAUCUCUGAUCGCCGGACUCCGCUUAGCAAAAGCCUUAAAAGCUAAACGACUAAGCGCCUAUUGCGACUCUCAAUUAGUCGCCAUUCCAAGAGGCGAAAACGUCUGCGCCGACGCCCUCGCGGCCCUUGGCAGCAAACUUCAUGAUCAAGUUAAAUGCACCAUCCCGAUACAUCGUAUCGAGAAACCAAGCAUCAAUAUAUUAACCGACCAAACACUCGUCGUUGGCCCGGUCAUCGAACCCGCUACCCCAGAUGACGACGGAUUUGGUCCUGAUUGGAGAACUAAGUUUAUCGACUACCUCUCGAAGGGAGAACUCCCAAACGAAAAAUGGGCAGCUCGCCGACUAAAAACACGCAGCGCCCAUUACGUCGUUCUUGACGAUGAACUACACCACUGGACCGCAAGUAAAGUGCUCCUAAAAUGCAUUCAUGGCGACGAGACAGCAAGGGUUAUGGCAGAGACGCACGACGGCGCUGGCGAAAAUCAUUCGGGCGGACGUGCAUUAGCAAUCAAAGUAAGAAGCUUAGGCUUUUUCUGGCCAACAAUGAACGCAGAUUGCGAGUCUUACGCGAGAAGCUGCGACAAGUGCCAACGGCACACACCUAGUAUCCAUUGUCCAACCGAAAUGUUGCGAACAACCACCGCUCCGUACCCGUUCAUGCGACGGGCAAUGGACAUCAUAGGACCACUUCCCUGUUUCCGCCAAAGACGCUUCAUCCUCGUCCUCACCGACUACUUCACCAAAUGGAUCGACGCUGAAGCAUACGCUCAAGUCACAGACAAAGAAGUCCGCGGUUUCGUCUUGAAAAAUAUUAUUUGCCGCCACGGUUUACAUUAUGAGAUCGUUACCGAUAACGGAUCACAGUUCAUGUCAGGCAAUUCCAAGGAGUUCUGUGGCAAAUGGAACAUUCGACUAAGCCCCUCCACUCCUCGUUACCCGCAAGGUAAUGGCCAGGCAGAAUCCUCCAACAAACUCAUCAUCAAUGGCAUUAAAAAGCGUCUGGAUCUGAAAAAGGGUCAUUGGGCUGACGAACUCGAUGGAGUCUUGUGGAGCCAUCGCACAACCCCGCGAGGAUCGACUAAAUCGACACUUUUCUCCCUCGCCUACGGCGUAGAAGCCAUGGCUCCUGCUGAAGUAAACGUUUCAAGCCUCCGACGUUCCAAAAUGCCUCAAUACGUCGAGCUGAACAAGGAGAUGCUACUGAAUGCCCUUGAUGAGAUAGAAGAACGACGAGGUCAAGCUCUGCUGCGCAUCCAAAAUUAUCAACAUCAGAUAGAGAGUUACUACAACAAAAAGGUCUGUGCCCGACCUCUGGAACUCGGUGACCUCGUCAUGCGCAAAGUGUUUGAGAACACUAAGGAGCUAAACGCCGGUAAACUCGGCGCCAGGUGGGAGGGACCUUACAAAAUCAUCAAAGUCGUCAAACCUGGCGCAUACCGACUUCAAACGUCGCGCGGAGAAGAAGUUCCCCGAUCAUGGAACUCGAUGCACCUACGACGUUUCUACUCGUAG